UCACACACGAUUGCAUUGACUGACUGACUGACUGACUGUCUGUUUGUUAGUAGCCUAUAUCCAGCUCAAGUUGUUGCUUCCAUAUUUAUUGCCUUAUCCACUUUUAAAACUCACUUAAACAUGAGGGGAAAUAUUUUUGCUGCCUUUGCGUUGGUGAUGUCUUUGUUUUGCUUGGGACAAACACUUGAGUGCUUUCGGUGCAAGCUUGGAUUCUGGGAUAUGUGUUACACUACCACGAAAAAUUGCAGUGAUAAUGAACUGUGUUAUGUGGGUGUUGGUAAAGCAGCUUCUGUCCUCGAUAUAAAAGUGAAGGGCUGUCUUCAGAAGGAUGAGUGCAACAAGACCACAGUUGUAGAGUUCCUUGCCAAUAAGACCUUAUACACCCUGAAGACCACCUGUUGUGAGGAAAACCUCUGCAACGCUGCCCCUUCCAUUCAGCUGUCCCUGGUUCCUCUUCUGCUUCCCGCACUUCUCAUUGCUGAGAUGAUGGGAGGGUUUUGAUGACUUCUAAACUCUAGUUGUUAUAUAAGGGAUUGAGGGCACUUCAUGUUUGCACUGUUCACAUCCUAUUCCUGUUUUACUGUUGUUGAAUGAUCUAAAGCAGCUUCCUUUUAAAUGGCAAAGCACACUUUUGGUUGCUCUUUUUCUAGCCAGCUGGUUUUGUUCAUCCAAACGAUUAAAUGUCGUUGUAAUGUUUUCUAAACACUCGUUUUACUGUUCAAUAAAUGCAACUGUCAAACAUU